AUGGCUGCACAGCCCAGCGCAACUGCACGCCUGCCCGUCGACGCCCUCUUCACCAAGGGACUGCCUAAGAUUGAGGUACUGCUCCAGCCUCCUUGGUUCCGAGUCAAAGCGCCAAGCGACGCUCAGACUUCCGUUCGCUGCAUUGCUAAUCCCGCGACUCAGCUUCAUGCCCACUUGACCGGCAGCAUCAGUCGCCAGUGCCUGCACGACAUAUGGCAGACAAAGAAGGCGCGCCAUCCUGCCUUCGACCUGCAAGAUCCUCUGGUAGCUAUUCCCACGGGAAAGGUCGACUAUGAUAUCAAAACGUUCUUCCCGCUGUUUUCCUCGUACAUAUACCGCCUUUGCAGCGAUUUGCCCAGUGUCCAGUAUUCAACCAAGGCUGUGCUGCAAGACUUCCAAAAUGACGGUGUCGUCUAUGUUGAGCUUCGAACAACCCCAAGAACAAUUCCUGCAGAGAAUGUAACCAAGGAAGAUUACGUCAAGACCAUCUUGGAUAUACUAAAGGCCCACAACGACAAUGCUAACAACACGAUGCGAGCUUUCCUCAUAUUGUCCAUCGACCGCCGCAACACCGUCGCCGAGGCAGAGGAGGUGAUUGAUCUUGCCAUCAAGCAUCGGUCUGCCGGAGUCGUCGGUGUUGACCUCUGCGGCGACCCAGCGAAAGGUGACGUGCGCAUUUUCGGCGACAGCUUCGCGCGAGCAAAGGCUGCAGGACUGAAGAUCACGCUGCACUUUGCCGAGAGCGAGCCUUCGUCUUCAGACUUGGAGCUGCAGACGCUUCUAUCAUGGCAGCCCGACAGAAUAGGUCACGUUAUACAUGUCAAAGAAGAGUUUCGAAAGACUAUUGAACAGCACGAUAUCGGUGUUGAGCUGUGCCUCAGCUGUAAUGUGCAUGCUAAGAUGAUCACGGGUACUUACUCCGACCAUCACUUUGGAAUGUGGCGGCAAUCCAGUGUUCCGGUCGCACUGAGCCACUUUGACUUGAGCCGUAACGACAUCAGAUCACUUUGCGAGCGCGCAAUCGAUUCGAUCUUUACCGGUCCGGAUGAACAUGCCCGUCUCAAGCAGAUCUACGCGACUUGGGACGGAUGGGUGUUGUGA